AUGGCAGUGGAGGUGGCCGGCGGCCGGGAACAAGGGAUGGACGGUGCCGCCGCCCAAGACAAGUUGAUAACUGAAAACCUUGAGAGCAACAAGCCUUCUGCACUCUCCGGCGUCCAUGAUGAUGAGUCGAACAAAAGCCAUAGAAUUCUCCGACUAUUCGGAGCCGAUAUAAUUUGCAGAAACUAUCCCGAGACUUGUUCAAUGAAACCAGAAGAAAGGGUCGAUGAUGGUAGACUUCGUUUGGAGUCCGGUGAGUUCAGUAGAGCUGCAAAGAAGCCGAGACAGAAAGAUACUUCCGGCCGCCAUCAACCAGUACCUGAUUUGCCAGAAACGUUCAAAGAUAUCAUCAACGGAAUGGGAGGAAGCGGUGAGAAAUUGAUUAUACAAAAGAAAUUGUACAGUACUGAUCUGAGCAAGGGUCAUUGUCGUCUCUCCGUGCCUCUGAAUCAGGUGAAGGUGGAGUUUCUUACCGAUGAAGAGAAGAACUUGCUGGAACAAAGCUCCAAGAAAAGUAUAGAAGCGUUGAUCAUCGAGCCAUGUUUGAGGAAGAGCAAGAUGUUUUUGAAACGAUGGGAAAUGAGGAAGCCAAAUGGGAAACCUAGUUCAGUGAUCUAUGUCUUCACGGGACGAUGGAAUUCCCUCGCAAAAGAUAAUGAACUCAAGGAGGGCGAUUUAAUUCAAAUGUGGUCCUUUCGACAAAACUCCAAAUUAUGUUUUGCUUUGGUACUUGUUUAUCCACAUCUCGGUGAAUAA